AUGAAGUUAUUUUUUAGUGUGGUAGCCCUCGUAUGCCUUACAAAACAAAGUCUUAGCCAAUUGCACAGUGAGCCGUUGCUGGCAGUGCUGAAAGCUAGCGGAGAUGAUCCAAAAACUCCACUGAUUGUGCUUUCAAAUCCCACAUCAAGGCCAACAUUUGGAGAAUCAAUAAAAUCGGAACUGAAUAUUCAGACCACAUUACUUCCAGAUUCCGCAACAACUAUUUCACCAGCCAGAUUUACAACGGCUUCCAUAGAGAAGCGGAAUAAAAAAACGCGACCUUCUCCGAAGCAGAAAACUGGCAUUAAAUAUGAACAAAAACAUACAUUUUCAGUGCAGGACCUUUUGCUGAUGCCCGGAAUUAUGGAGAGCUCCCCAAAUAUUGACCAGGGACGAAUUAAUACCUUAACCGCCCAACAUGUCUUUUAUCCUUUUCCAGUUUAUAUACCAUAUCCGAUGCCGUUAAUGCAUCUGAUGAGUACACCGGCCAAGGAUAAAGUUGAUGGCGAAAUCGCGAUGGGCUUCAAUGAGAUGAUGAUGGAAAAUCUACUUAGAAACUCUCCCCAGCAAGACAACGGUACUGAUUGGCACAAGAUAGUCAGGAAUCGAAUAAAAACCGUCACCCAAGAUACCCAGAAAAAUUGCAGGGGAAAAUGGCGAAAGACAACGACAACUACUUCAACCACUACCACUACCACUCCAACUCCUGCUACAAUGUCCACUGAGCCAACGAGAUUGCUGCCGGAUAGCAGUGACCAAAGUGAUACUGUGCUAAAAUCGAUCGAAGCCAAUGAAAAGACAACUUUUGCCACGACAACUGAUGCUACAAUCUAA